AUGUUUCUAAUCCUUUUGGUGAUCUGUGUUGCCGGAUAUGCUGCUGCGUACACGUUCUUCUCGUGGCAUGCCGGCUAUUGGAAACGACGCGGAAUACCUGGUCCAAAGCCUCGCCUCUUCUAUGGAAACUGGUUAGAGAUGGACAAAAUCGAUGCACCCGCCACGAUGAAGCUCCCAGAAUGGACAAAAAAAUAUGGGAAAGUUUAUGGAAUCUAUGAGGGGAUUCGAAAAAUUCUGGUGGUCAGCGAUCCGGACCUUUUGCAAGAGCUCUUCGUGAAGAAGUUCGAGUAUUUUCACGGGAGAAAGCUUUUCCCAUUGACUCCAAAUCCUGAUACGGAUCCCCGAGUUCACGUGUUUAAUGCGAGAGGGCAACGGUGGAAGCGAUUAAGACUCCUCACGAAUCCCUCAUUCUCUGUCAAUUCACUUAAAAAGAUGCGCCACACCGUUGAAGACUCAGCCAAAGUCAUGGUAAAGUUCAUGAGCAAAAACGCGGAUUCUGGAAAAGGCUUCAACAUUCAUCAAUAUUUCCAAGAGUAUACUCUUGACGUGAUCGCUCGUGUUGCAAUGGGUCAAGAAGGGACAAGACAGUUUGAAAAUCCGGCCACUGAGUGGUUGAUCAAUACUUUUAUUCGACGAAUCGAUGACAAAGUGAACUAUUGGACAUGUGCGGUGCCUCUUUUCCUGCCGUUGUUGGGAAAGCUUUUCAUGGCGACAGCAAAACUUCGGGGUCGACAAUUCCCGAAAAUCUUCAAGAUGAUUGAGGACACUGUGGAGGAAAGGAAACGAAGAAGGGACGAAUGUCGACAAAAAGGUGAGACACCCGAGUUGAACGAUUUCAUCGAUCUUUUCCUGGAAGCCGAAGCUGAUGUAGAUUUGAAUGGAGAGUCGAUUGAUCGACAACAGAUCAAGGUGGAAAAGAAACUAUCUACUGAAGAAAUCGUCGCCCAAUGCUUUGUUUUCCUCUUGGCCGGCUUUGACACAACAGCCAACUCGCUUGCUUAUGUCACUCAUCUCUUGGCACAGAAUCCCGAUAAACUUGAGAAAUUGUUAGAGGAAUUGGAUUCCGUUUGUGGAGAUGAUGAGGAUUUAACGUACGAGCAGCUGACAAAGCUCAACUAUAUGGAUUGUGUGAUCAAAGAGGCGUUGAGAAUGUAUCCACUGGGUGCAUUUGCUAACGCACGGACAUGCAUGGAAACGACUACUUUAGGAGAUAUGGAGAUUGAAAAAGGCACAAUCCUGUGGGCCGACUCGUGGAGUGUCCACUAUAGCAAAGAGAUUUGGGGAGACGAUGCUAAGGAAUUUGUGCCAGAGAGAUGGGAAGAGGGUAAACCGAGACAUCAACUCGCAUGGUUUCCGUUCGGAGCUGGUCCACGACAAUGCAUUGGAAUGCGGCUGGCUUUGAUGGAGGAAAAGAUGGCUCUUGCACAUUUAUUCCGGAAUUUCAUCAUCUCUGCCGGUCCAGAAACUGAGAAAAAGCUGAAGUUGAUCGGGAAUUUCACUCUUUCGCCCGAAUCGGUCACAUUAUAUUUGAAGAAACGGGAAAUGCUG